AUCAAAUCAAAUAGAAGGAUACAUGAAGAGGAGAAAGCAAAACCCACUCCCAAAAAAUAGGGCUAGGGUUUUGGCCUUCCACACCAGGUAUCUGAAUCUAUUUAUCUUGGAAAACAUAAUUCGUUUAACUUAAGCCUUGCUAGAAUUGAUGAUGAGGUGUUGAGAUCAUAUGAUUGAUAGAACCUGAUGUAGGAGAGAGAAUUUCAUGUGGAGCACUGAAAGUUGGAAUUGUGAUUUGGUUACUUUGUUUCUUGGGUUACGAUGCCAUCUACUUCUUCCACUCUGAGAUUGAAGAUUGCGCUCCUUUUACCUAGUUGGAAUCCACUUCAAGACCAAACUCUUCGAAGUUUCAUUGGGUCCCCAUUUCGACGAGGAUUUCGUGUUGCCAAUUCUUGGUUUUCUUGCCCUCACCCAGUUUUUGCUCUUUCUAAAUGGCCUGCAAUCUCACCAUCAGGAUUACAUGUUGCUAGAUCGGACCAUUGUUCACCUUUGAUCAUCUUGCAAAAUCUUCUGCAGAGUAAUAUAGUGAACAAAGCAUCUAAGCAGGCAUCUAACCAAGGGAACACACUCUCCAUUGCUGGGACCCUUUCUCGAACUUUUGCAGUGCCCUCAGUUUCUGGGCCCUCAUGUCAGAUAUGCGAGUAUCAUGUUAGCUGCGCAUUCUCAGACUCCAAGUGUAUUUCUACGAGCAAGCCUAUUGUGUUUAUGCUAAUGUCGUGCUCUGGUGCUUUUACUAUUGGAGCGCGGUUGGUUCCUCGACAAUUAGCACUUGGGGUAAAGGCCGUUCAGGGGUCAAAUGCUCGUACUUUUUACAGUGUCAAAUGUGGUGAGUACUGUAGAAUAGUGAGAGGGAGUAUGAAAAAUAGGGAACCAGCUGGGUCGAAUAUUGCUUGUGGUCCUUUCUUGUUUGAUCUUUCUGGCUUGGGAAGUAGGUCCAGUUCAUUAUUGACUCCGAAGGCCAAUGAUUUUCAUGGCUCCUCUUCCAUGCCAUACUCUGCUGGUGCGGCUCCUGAUAUGUCAUUUGAUGGAUCCUCAAGAGAUGAGCAAGUUGAGAAUAGCCAGGUUGCUUCUGAUCAGAAGGCAUUGGGAGACCAAACCCUGAAGCUUUUGUCAGGGUCAUGUUAUUUGCCACACCCUGAUAAAGGGGAAACUGGCGGAGAAGAUGCUCACUUUAUAUGUGUGGAUGAGCAAGCCAUUGGAGUUGCUGAUGGUGUAGGUGGUUGGGCGGAGCUAGGGGUUGAUGCUGGGCAAUAUGCAAGGGAGCUCAUGUCACACUCUGUUAAAGCUAUUGAGGAGGAACCCAAAGGCUACGUUGAUCCAGCUAGGGUUUUGGAGAAAGCUUAUACUAGUACAAAAGCUCGGGGAUCCUCGACAGCUUGCAUUGUUGCACUUACAGACAAGGGCUUACAUGCAGUCAACCUUGGGGAUAGUGGGUUCAUUGUGGUUAGGGACGGUUGCACCAUUUUCCGUUCCCCUGUUCAGCAACACAAUUUCAACUUCACAUACCAACUUGAGAGUGGAAAUGGCAGUGAUCUACCCAGCUCUGCUCAGAUAUUUUCGAUUCCUGUUGCACCUGGUGAUGUAAUGAUAGCAGGAACAGAUGGGCUCUUUGAUAACCUUUACAAUAGCGAGGUGACUGCUGUUGUGGUCCAUGCUGUUAGAGCAGGUCUGAGCCCUCAAGUUACUGCCCAAAAGAUUGCGGCCCUUGCUAGGCAGCGAGCUCAAGACCAGCACCGCCAAACUCCGUUCUCUACUGCUGCCCAAGAUGCAGGUUUCCGUUACUAUGGUGGCAAGCUUGAUGACAUUACAGUUGUGGUCUCGUACAUUACAAGAUCCAUUUCAUAGAUUCUCCUUCUUAACCCCCUCCCAUUUUCUUCUCUAUGUAGAUAGUGUUCUCUCUUUCUACUUAUAGGCCACGAGAUCCGAUAGAUAUUAAGUAUUGGAGCAGCAUUGUAGAUGAGCAGGUUAGGAAGUGUGGGGUGCUAAGCAGCCUGCUUUAUAUGGGCAUUUUUUUAUGCACUCUGAUGCGAUAUAUAUAUAUAUAUAUAUGUGUGUGUGUGUGUGCGCGCUACUGCUUAUUUAUUGAAUAUAUUACAUGAGUAUUUUGUUGAAUUGUUACGCA